ACUUAGGUCUUACCAAAACGUGUUUGACAAAAAGAAAAAAGAAAAUCCCCAAAUUCUUCUUCAGAUUUUUUUUUCCAUUGAAUUUCUCAAACUCAGUAUAUAGGGUUUUUCCUUGAAACCCUAAUUUUGAUUUUGUAACCUAACAAACCCCGCUAAUUUUUUUUUGAUUUUGAUUUUGUAGUCUGAGAAACCCCCCUAAAUUGUUUGAUCAGAAACCCUUGGUGUAACCCAUUGUUUCUCUGGUCAUCUGAUUGUUGGAUCUGUUCUCAAAUUUGAUCUCCUUCUCUGGGUUUUCUCUGUUGUUGUUGCUGUUGCUGUUGCUGUUGUUGUUUUCAUCUAGUUUCAUUUCUUUGUUCAUAUCUCGGAGAAAUGGUGAGGAAGAAGAAGAAGCCACAAAAGGUUAAUGGAGAGGGGGAAAGUAAGGAAGAGAGAGACGUGAAAUGCUUAGCGGAGGCAUUUUCAUUGGUCUCAUUAGAAGAAGUGAACUCAGCGUAUAAAGAAGCACAGGGAGAUAGUAACAAAGCUGCUGAGAUAUUAAGUGAUUUGAUGAUGAAUGCGGAUAAUGAUUCAUCUAGAGGGGGCGCCUGUUCAAGUUCCACUUCAUCUUCGUUUUUCGAAUCGUCCUCUAACAAUAGUGAAGAGCGUAUGACAAGUUCCAGUUCAAGUUCUUCAGAGAUGUUUUGGGAAUCAGAUAUUCAAAGAGCCCGUGAUAGUUCUGGAAUGGGUUUUGUGGACUGUAAGGCAAAGAGGGUUAUAGCUACUGCUGGUACAGUAUCUGGUGUACUAGGAAAAUAUUAUGUGAGGUCAAGUCCAUUGGAUAAGGAAAGGGGAAGAGGGGGAGGAGGAGGAGAACAACAACACUAUAAUUCUCCUAAAUGGAAAAAUACUUGUAUGGUUAAUGGUGUCAGUGUUGGGAAUGAAGAAGCUGAGCAGUUUCUGUUCUCGAUGCUUGGAGAUGGUUGUGAUCUUAGCAUGGCUGUGGUCAGAGACGUAUUCUGUCAAUGUGGAUAUGAUGUUGAAAAGGCCUCAGAUGUAUUGCUUGAUUUGUCGUCUUCGUCAUAUACUGAAUGCAAUUUCGGCAAACGUGGUAAUCUCAGUAAUGGUUAUACUGCUGAUAGUUCUAUGCGUAGAUAUCAGGUAAAAGGGAUGUCACAGACGAAGUAUAAUUUGUUUGGAAAAGAAAGCCGCGAGAGCAUGCCGUCUUUGAACCGCGAUUGCCGGGCAUAUUCUGAAGUACUUCUUAGUGUUAAGGAAUCUCGUGCCAAACCUGUGACUACAGAAAGUCUUCCGCAGGUGGUGUUGGAGUCAUUGUUCAAUGUCCCUCAGAGUGCCGAAGCUAAUCCUGAAAAUAUGAAUUUCAAGAACGUAGUAAAGAAAAUAGAGUCCUUUGGACAGAAACUAGGCUUCCAUGCUACUGGGCCAGCAGAGCCGCCAGAUGAAGUAGAAUACGCAAAGGGAGAAGAAUAUCAAGUUUUCAGAGAAGAUGCAAGGCAUCACUGGGAGAAAAUGAGGCUCUACCAUCAGAAAGCUGCAACAGCAUUUUCAAGGGGAGAAAAAGAUUAUGCAGCUUAUCUUUCAGAUCAGGGGAGAGUUGAAAAUAAAAUGGCUCGUGAGGCUGAUAAAAAGGCGAGCAAGCAGAUAUUUGAAGCCAUAAACAAGGGAAUAAAGAAUAUGAUAACAAUUGAUUUACAUGGUCAGCACGUCGAACAAGCCAUUAGGGAAGUGAAAGUUCACCUUGUCUUUAUGAUGAACACAUCCUCUGUUCAACUUCUCAGGGUCAUUACUGGAUGUGGAGUUGGCAAGGGUACAGUGAAGCAGUCGGUGAUCCGCCUUGCCGAAAAGGCAGGAGCCGAGUGGAAGGAAGAAAACCAAGGAGUGGUAACUAUCAGAGUAGUUGGGCGUAGAGAGUGUGACUUCUUAGAAUCAGAUAGUGAUACUGAGUAGAGGUAACUCUUUGUUGGAUUCAAGUAUUCAACAAAACGUGUUUCGUGUAAAUACGGUUAGCCUACAUUCAACAUGAUAAUUCCAAGAUGCCCCACUGUGUAAACUCAACUUUUUUUUUUUUUCUGUGUAACGCAUCAAACAUUAGCUGCUGCAGAACCUGGGGCAGUUCUGCAUUGUAUGUGUCUUGGACUAAGUUAGUGUCCAGAGUCUGACUUCUGAUAAUUUAUCGUUUAGCUGUUUUUAUGAUUUUUUUCGAUAGUUCAACUUGGUGGAAUGAAACCCGCCUUAACAUUGAAAUGUAAGUUUUUCUUUUUGUAAUUUGUACAUGAUAAUGAAGUCAUUGUCAUUGUAAUUGGAAUAUGUUGGGAUCUUUAAUUAUUCACUGCAA